AUGCCAGUACGUUCCUUAACAACGACGCAGUAUAAGCAGAAACAUAACAUCGAUGGGCUAGAGAACCUCAACAACUUUCUCUCUAAAUUGCCACCUCCUGAUCCCACCCUUGACCAGGGAGAAGUCGUUGAUAUCCCUCUCCGAGACGGCACAGCCUCGCAGAUUCGCAUCUUUCGCCCUAAAGUCGCAUCAACACAGCCUAAACCUCUAAUUGUGCUGAUAUAUGGCGGAGGGUUCAUCGUAGGUGACAACACUCAGCUGAGCUCAGUAUCUCGUGUCCUUGCGAACCUCUACUCAGCUGUAGCGGUAAACAUUUCCUAUCGCCUGGCACCAACUCAUAAAUUUCCCACAGCUGCCCACGAUGCUUACGAUAGCGUUCGAUGGCUUUCCCAAAAUACCAACGCGCUCGGCGCCGACCUGUCUAAAGGUUUUGUUCUACUGGGCGCUUCUGCAGGUGCCAAUCUUGCAGCGGUCAUUGCUCAGAAGUGGUUUUCCAGUAAAUUAUCACCACCCAUCACCGGCCUCUCUCUCGCUAUACCAUGGCUGCUGUCCGAGGAGAUCGUGCCGCAGGCCUACAAGAACCUCUGGUUCUCUAGGGAUCAAAACGAGAACGCCAUGAUUCUGAACAAGGGUACGAUAGGUUAUAUGCUGGCUGCGUACCAGCCUGAUGUGCAUUCCGCGGACUUCUCUCCUUUUAAUCACACUGCACCUCAUAGUGGAAUGCCACCAGUUUACAUCCAGGUGUGCGGUGCGGACCCGUUGAGGGACGACGGGCUUAUCUACGAACAAGUACUACGAUAUUUUGGAGUGAAGACGAAGCUGGAUGUUUACCCCGGUGUUCCACAUGGUUUUAGCGUUUUUUGGGAGAUGGAACUGGCGAAGAAGUCCUUCUCAGACCAGAUCUUGGCGAUUGGAUGGCUUCUGGGUGUGGAGAAGACUAGGGAAGACGUGGAGCGGUCGAAUCAGAGAAUUUAG